AUGGCAGGUCAGCUUUGCUUCAGAGGCCAGCAGGGCCAGCAGGGCCAGGAGACCUUCUGCAGCCGACGGCCUGCGGGCGAGAGAAGUGCUUUCCGAGUCGAGCAUUGGCUUAGAGAUGCUUCUCCAGAACAUCGGCUGGAGCAUCGCGCGCACGGCCCCGGUGCCAGAGUCCAAGACGAGCCAGAAGGUUUCGUCGGAGUAACAUCGGAAGUCUUCAGCUCUGUGCGUUCCGAAUGUGAUGAAACAUUGGAGCCAUUUCUCCUUGACCGGAAAAGGCGACGACAGGUCGAGUCAGAGGAGUUGGAGCUAGAGCAGCUCGUGGCAUCUAAAGGGCCUCGACUACCGGUUCCCACACGGCACUGUGAAUUCUGCGUGUCACCGGCUGAGCCACAGGAGCCACAGGAGCCACAGGAGCCACAGACGCCGGCAACGACGUAA